GUGAGCAAGAUAAUGAAAGCAAAGUCCUCCUACUCAAGUCAACGUGAAACUGUCGUAACAUCUAGCUUUGGAGCAUGCAGUUUGGCAAUGGACGAUGGAGGUCGUUGUCUGCUUGACGUGAUUAAUGAUCCACUUCUUCUUCAGUCCUUUCUAGAGAGUGGUAGUGACGAGAACUCAAAGGACCCUCAAGAUGGGACUUCAUCAGAGUCGGCUGUUGAAAGUCCGCAGGUGCCAAGGAGUUCUCAUUCUACCUUUUCAAAUCAUCAGGCAUCUAUUGAACACAUAGUUGAGCAGUCGGAAAUGGGAUACAGUUACACUGUAGAAGGCCAGGCUGUGCUGGCCCAAAGUGGGAUAUGUUCGACAAAUGCUGGCUUAGGGAGCAUGUCACUUCUGGUAACUUCAUCUGGUCAACAAACAUACCAGCAUGCUUCAUCCAGUGGAGCUACUAUUCAUCAUAUUCCAUCAUCUGCUGCGCAUACUACUAUACAUCCUCAUUCUCCAGCAUCUGCCCGACCUGCAACUCCCUUGUCACAUAACAUUAAAUCUCCUGGCCAAGGUCCAUCUUCUGUACAUAGUAUGCCUCCUCCAUCCCCACUGCAACAAACAAGAUCACCUUUGCCAUCUCAUACUCCUUCACCAGCACCUGCAUGGUCUCCAAUUCCUCCUGUGCUAUCUCCUGCCACGAGUCGAACUCAAUCUUCAAUGCCUUCAGUUGCUUUCCAGCAGUCUCACAAUCAAAUGCUCCAGACAAGUAGUGUUACACAAUUUGUUACUGCUCUGGCAAAUCAGCAAUCUAUAACGCAGAAAUUAAAUCUUCAACAACAGCAGCAGCAACUGUUUUUACAACAACAGCAGCAGAUAUUAUCACCAGUUUCACAACCAGCAGCCCCACGGCUUACAGCUGUAACAUCUCCCAUUGUUUCUUCUGCAGCAGUUACUGUUCCUCCUCCAAUGGUACAGUUGAUAACUGCACCACAGUCUAAUGUAUCUUUGCCUACAAGGACGUCGCACAGUGCUGUUCGCCCGAUUCAACCAAAGAUACCACCUCAGAUACUGCCGAAGCCAGCCACUUGUACUGCUUCGAAUCAGUUUGUUUCACCAGCCCCAACACCAAAGCAGCCCCCUCCACCUCCUGUAACCGCGAAUCAGAGGACUGUAGGUGUUGGUAUUCAACCCAGUGCAACAGGGCAAUUAGUCAUUGGCCAAGGACAGCCAGGUGUUUUCUCUGGACCUCAAGGUACAAUUGUACUUAACCAAAUAAUUCCAGGUGUUGGACAAAAUCCUAUUCUAAUACAAGGGAUGGGCAAUCUUGCCAACAUCCCAGGCCUACAAUUGACAUUGAGGCCGCCUAGUAGUGCAUCUCCUGGUCAGUCUGUAAAUUCUUCAAAUUCACAAAACAAUGCAACGUUAAUUGCUGCACUACAAGGUCCCAGUCAACAUGCCCAAACUCUUUUUGCACCUGCUAAAUCUCCUAUCCAUGGGCAGCAAACUGUAGUUAUUCCUAAUAACCUUGCACAUCCUGUUUUAGCUUCUCAAAAUAUAAAUUUAACUUCUUCAGGAAUUCCAAAUAGUGGGAUCAUGUCAUCUUCCUCUCAAGGGCAAGGAUUUUUGACUCGAUCAAAUAUCAUUCUAUCGCCUAGAGUUGUUGGAGGUAAUCAGGGUCUCCAACUGCAACAGAUACAAACCCCACAAGGUCCUAUUUUUGCUUUCGCUCCCAGCCAGACCAUAGCAGUACCACACUUACAAACUGCAUUGCAGAAUGCUACUUUAGGCAAUGCUCAGUUAGCGCCUGUGACACUUCCUAUGCAUGGAAUAAUGACUAAUCAAGGAGUCUUAUCUGGGUUAUCCCUCCAAUCUCAUGCACCACAGUCUGCCUUACAACAGCAACAACAGUCUUUGUUUGGUACAGCAGUUCCUUUUACUAGCCAUGUAGAGCCGCCAUCACAUCAAGUGAUUCAAGUGCCACAGCCUCUGGCUCCUCCACAAGUCCCUGCUAAUCAUCCAAAUCAGUUGCAAAACCAGCAACAGUUACAGGUUGAACAUUCUCCAAAACCAGCUUCUCCACCAAAGCCUUCCAAAAUUACUUCUGUGAAUUUAGAAGAGUUGUUGAAAGAACAUGGCAUUGUGCCUGAAAAUUCUCCUAUCCCUUCUCCAGAUUCAAAUUCUCCUCUAAUGGAGGAUCCAGUUCCUUCACAUAUGCAGCCUUCAAACACGGUAGUCCCUACUCCUCAGUUGGUCACAGCAUUGCAAUCACAGCAAGUAGUCCUGGAACAACUAAGUCAAAGUCCACAAGGACACACAUCCUUACCUCAGAUCAAACUUGCUUUGACACAAGACGGCAGUGUCAUCUUUCAGCCCCACAAUGCAUUCAGCAACACUUCGCAGAGAGUCCAGCAGUUUAUACCCUCCUCCCAGAUCCAUGGAAGGACGGCCAACAAUGUGGCUCCUGUCAUCCUGCCCACUGUCACGACAUCGUCUGUUUCAGUUCCUGUUGUUGCCACUGAGCCCUCUACCGCACGCAACCAUUCAACUUUGCUCGCAAGGCUGAAUGCUGCCCCAGCAAUAAAUGUUCCUGAUAUGUCAUCUUUGGCAAUUGUUACAUGCAUAGGAGGUACAGCAACAUCUUCAAUUACUACCACUACAAUCACAACUACUACAACAACACUUGUGCCAUUGACUGUUCAGAGCCUGAACAUUAACAGUUCCAGUAAUGCCAGUAAUUACGUAGUGCAACGGACUUCGGCAAUAUCCAGCACCACGCCAGAUAAGUUCUUCAUCUCUGAAGAGGAGCCUUCGAAUCAUGUGACAUCGGUGAUCUCAAAUUCUGUGCAACAAAAUCGUAUUAAUCACGUCAACUCCGGGUUCCAAACUGUGGUUGUUUCUAGUGACUCUUCUUCUCGGACAUCUGUACAAAGUACCCCCAAAACUGUGCAAUCUACAUUUAUGGUACCUGCUAGUACAACAAACUCUAACACAGUGCAAGCUGAGCCUGAGAAAAUUAGAAAUGAAAAUACUGUUGAAAUUGCUGAUAAUGGUGCUAUUGUGCCAAGCCAUACUCUUCCAGCAUUUUCAGCAAAUGUGCCAAAUCAUGUGUUUCAAAACUUACAAAAAGAAAUCAAUGAACUUGCCACCAUGAAAUACCGCACUGCUGAGCAGCAAAAAUCUUUACAACAAUUAAUGUCUGUUAGUCAGAAAUUGAUUGGAACGAAGGGUAACAAAGGUUGUCGAGCAAUCCAAAAUCAAAUACAUAUGAAACAUGAUCCUGAAAUAGAAAAACUGUUAACGAAAGCACAAAAAGAAUGUCACAGCUUACUAUCUUCUGAGCAAUCUCAGCAAUCACAACCACAGCUGCAGCAACAGCAGCAGCUACAGCAACAGCAGCAGCUACAGCAACAGCAGCAGCUACAGCAGCAACAACAACAACAGCAGCAGCAGGCAAAAGCUUCUAAUGUAUCAUCUCAACACCCAGUUCCAGCUGAAAAACAAAAUGCUGCAAAUUCUAAAGGAGUUGCUUCUCAUAAUUUACACUUGACACCUGUGAAGCUUAUCGCUCCUGCUACUACUUCUAUUACAACUGCUUGUGAUAGUACAACAACUACAUCUAGUGCAACAAUUUCAAGUCAUCAAAAGAUGGUUAAUCAAACUGUAAAUAUAACUCAGCAGAGGUUGCAGGUACCACAUCAGCAGCAAACACCUCAUCCUCAGCAACCACCACAUCCGCAGAGUAGUAAAACUCAAGUGGAAACUACACAGCAACCAGUAGCAGUGAGGAUAUCAAAACCGCCUCAGCAAGCUCCACCUUGUCCAAAUGUGGUUCCAAUUAAAGGUCCAUCACCUGUUAAAAGAGUUCCCACAGUGCCUAAACCUGUUCUUUUUAGUGACCAGCUUAUCAAAGAUCAGAAUGGUGUUGUCAGUCCUGAUGUCAAAACACCAUUUUUGUCUAAGCAAGAUGCUUGUAGCAGGCUCCUCAGAUAUCACGUGUAUAAUUCCAAAGUUCCAUCAAUUGAAGAAAUUCAUAAAGCGGAUGAAACAUUUGACAUGGUGUCUGUUCAGCUGUUAGAAAAAGUGAAGCGGUUGAAAAAUAAAUAUCAGCUUCUUCAGCUUAAGGAAAGCAUGCGGCCAUGCGUUACACCUGAUCAAGUUCUGAUGGAGAGAUUGUUUAUCGAAGAUGAGCAAACUUCCCUUCAAGAAGAUAAAGCUGCAGUAGCUGAUGGGAAACCCUUAUCUCUCCCGCCUCCUCCUCCAAGUUGGUUGAAGUUGAUGAACUGCAGAGAUUCUCCGCCGCCACUGUCCGCCUGCGAAGCCGCGCCUUCCGAGUCGAAAGUGGAGGAGCCCUGCGCGAGUUCCGAGGACUACCCGGAACACCCCCACGAACUCAGCGAUCCUCACCUGCAGGAGGACAGCGAUCCCCCCAACUACAAGGACGACGACAACCUGGAAGCGCCGGUCAUCGACAGUUGUGCCGACAUCAUGGUUCCCAGGCACGACGACAACAUCGAGCGCAGCCCUCCCACCCUGAAAAGGAUCGUGAUAAAACCCCGGGAGCUGUCCGAGAGCGACUCCGAGGAACCAGUGACUAACAAACGCUUUAAGUUCAAUAGUGCGUGUAUAAAAUUGACUACAAGCAGCUGUGAUUGGAGCGGCGAGAGCACGCUCUGUAGGCCCGCGAGGCCGACCUCCAAGGGCGGCGAGCAGAAGACUAAUCACAAGUAUCCCCACGCCGCUUUGACUCGUGAAUCUUUUCACAGUGAUAAUAGGAUAGACGAUGUGGUGAGUAAGAUUAAGUUGGAUAUAUCUCCCAUGGAGAUCGAUAUGGGCGACUUCGAGCCGGGGGCCGAGGACCUGGCGGACUUCGAGCCGCCCGUCGCGAGGACGGAAGAGUCGUGCGAUUCGCUGGCGUACAACAGGACUAACAGCGAGGUGAAGUACGAGUUCGACAUGUUGGGCUGUUCCACGUGGGAUCCGGAUUACGUCCACCACCCGCCGAACGACGGCGACGACCCGCCCGAUCUGGACCUGUCGGGUCUGGACGGGCUGGAGGACCACCUGGAGGACGGCAUUCCCAACGGGAUCCGGGACGAAUCCGACGUGAACAGCUACGUCGGGUAUCAUAUUCCUAAGCGUCAAAAGAGAUUCCCGGACGUGGGGCCGUCCGGCAACUGCGCGUCGGACCAGGUGCAGAGUGCCAUCAAGAGCAUCAUGGGAGCGCCGGCCGAGCAUCGUUCCUACUUCGUUCCCGACGACGUCGAGUUCUUGCCCAUGGCGAAGCAGAGCCACAACGCGCACAUUUCCGACUACGGCGGGAGCUUGGACGCCGACAUGGGAGCCACCAGCGGCGAGUCCGACGCCGCCCUGGACGAGGCGGUCCGCAGCAUUCUCCUAUGAGGGGGCGCCCCAUUCCAUUAUCAUUUCUACACUACAAGCUGCCUGCCCGACAUAACUGUGCACUUAUUUAUUGUCAUUGUUGAAUUUGUCUGUUAAAUAAGAAUUAUAUUGAUUUCCUUGCGUGCGUUCUUGUGAUAUGGAUUUUUUUUUUGUCAUCGAGACAUUUCGUUCAAAGUUGUUUUUUUUAUAAAUUAUAGCGCAAUCAGCAAUAAAUGAGUCUCCUGGUACGAGCAAUGUGAUGUGUGUAAUUCGAAACAAAAAAAAUAAUUGUUAAACAUUUGCCUCUUAUUGCGUUUGGGGAGGAGUAAAAGGCGACGUCGCCGAUCUCUUUAGUACAAAUUACUCGAGGGGGAAAGAAAUCCCGAUCCUACAUCUUGCUCAAACGAUUUGAAAAGUACUUAACCUUGCUCAUUACUAUUAAUGAUUUAAAGUGUUAUACCUGUUGUUUUUGUAAUUUUU